ACUGUGCAUCUCUUCUGAUCCGAUGAGACCCAGUCCUUCCAGGAGAAGCUAGGGAUUGAUUCGUAGAUCGAUCGAUUGAGCAAGCCACUGGAGAAUCCAAGCACAACCCAUUCGAGAACAGAGAACUUCCCAGCGACCCAAAAAAGAGGAAGCCAAAGAAAAAAAAAACCUUUUUUCCUCUCUUCCUCUUUUUGCCCUCCCUCCAUUUGCGUUGUCUGUUUUGGCAGACUCGGUCACUGUGUAUCACAGGGAUGAUGAUGAACAGUGGAGUAGAACGAUCGAUCGACCGCAAGGCUGGAAAGAAUCGCUAAGUGACGAGCACCCAAAUGCCCGCGCUCACAUUUUAGGUGUUUAUUUUCCCAUUUGGAGGAGGGAUGAGGAAGAGGAGCCGGAGGAGGAGUGGCGAUUUUGGGCGUGGCAUGGGAUCUCGCCAGUGGCGGCGGCGAGCUUAGAUCUAGGCAGGGUCGCGGCAGGACGGAGCUAGAUUGCUGCUUGUCAUGGGUGUGAAGAUGCAUCGUUGCCAUCGACAGCGCCGUCGCUAUCAUCAUCAUCGGCGUCUUGUUCUUCGCCGGAGCUAGAGGAAUUUGGUUCCGGCGAUGGCAGAUCUUGCGAGAAAUGGGGCCGUGGAGCGCGACAUUGAACAGGCUAUCACUGCGCUGAAGAAGGGAGCCCAGCUCCUCAAGUAUGGGAGACGAGGAAAGCCAAAGUUUUGCCCAUUCCGGCUCUCCAAUGAUGAAACACACUUGAUAUGGUACUCUGGAAAGGAGGAGAAGAGUUUGCGGUUGAGCUCCAUCACAAGGAUUGUCCCCGGCCAGCGAACUGCCAACUUUCAGAGAUAUCCGAGGUUAGAGAAGGAGUAUCAAUCGUUCUCGCUCAUUUAUGGCAACGAUCGCUCGCUCGACCUGAUUUGCAAAGACAAGGACGAGGCCGAGGUGUGGUUCGUGGGACUCAAAGCUCUUGUCUCCGGGGGCCAGUUAUCACGCCUGCGAUUUGACUCGAGGAGCGAAUGCGGUCCUCCCUCGGACUCAAACAGCCCCGCGACGUGGUCCAGAAUCUCUCCAGCGAGCUCCCCGUUCGGAAACGUUGAUAAUCUUCCUCGCCAGGAUGGCCGAGAAGCUUUCCGCUUCCAAAGUCCAUACGGAAGUCCCCCACGCUACGCUCUCCAGCAACGCAGCUUCUCUCCGGGAGCACCAUCGCUCGACUCCUCCUCCAAACUCUUCCUAGAAAACGCCUCCACGGCGGGAUCUCUCCACUCGGACAUGAGCUCGGAGCCCGCCGCCAGCGUCCUCCACCUCCGCGGAGGCGCCGCCGCCGCCACCUCCGCCGCCGCCGCCAUCCCUCUCGACGCCAACUUUCGCGUGAGCAUGUCCAGCGCCGUGAGCUCGUCCAGCCAGGGGUCCGGCCAGGAAGAAGGCGACGCUCUCG